GACUCACGGGAUUCCAGUCCCUUUUUCACCAACAUAAACACAUAUUUAUAAACAUUAUUAUAUGUAUAUGAAAAGAACACAAGCUGGGUAGUUCAGUUUUAGUAGAAAGAAUGAAAGAUACUGAAAAAUCUCAUGUGGAACAACAGCCUCAGCCCGAUAUUGCUGAUGCUGAAGCUGAAAAUCCAACACACUUCAAGAACUCUCUGCAAGAGCUGAAGGACUUUAGCUCUCAACUUCAUCAUGCUGCUGAUUAUUGCCAAACUUCUUUUUUGAAUGACAGAAACAAGGGAAUUACUGUGGUGGAUAACACCAAGGACUACAUAUGCAAGGCUAUGGUUAUAAUUGUUGACCAUUUAGGCAGCAUAUCAUCUAAUCUUGAAUCUUGUGUUUCAAAGAGCAAUACAAUUCCUGAAACUCAACAAAGGAUUGAGACCUUGAAACAGAGACUUUUAACGUGUCAACAAUACUCACAGAAGCUUGCUCUAGCAAACAUUUAUUGGAGUGCUGAUUUUCGAAGAUAUCACCGUCACUAUACAUCAACUACGGCAGAUUCAACAACAAUGAAUCCAGAAUCAAGUACGAGGAAAAUGGAGAGGUCUCCAAAUCCAGGGUUGCUGGUUGACAAUAGCCUAUCGAUUUCGCCAAAAGCUGAAAAAACAUAUUUUGAGUUUCAGGCGACUCCAAAGGUCAAACGUAGCAUGUUGAAUUGGAAAUUACUCAACAAAAGAGAAAUGAAAUCACGAAUUAUUCGACGUCGUAGACGGACUCCAACUUAAAUACUAUAUAUAUGGUAUUUAAAUAUUCUAUAUGUAUAGUCACGGUUUGCUCUAGACAAUGUUUGUUUUUGUAUAAUGUUAUGUCACGUAUUGUCUUUGGAAACUUAUGAGUCUUAAUUAAUUAAAUUUUAACCAGAUCUUAUAA